AAGCCCCAAGCCGGUUCCCGUCCCAGGCUGGGUUUUGUACUGGGUUCUCUUGGGGAGGGUCGAGGGACGGUUUUCUGCUGGUGCUGCAGUCGCCUCCCAAGGUAGCAGAGCUGGGACUUCGCCGUGCUGCAUCCUCUGCUCGGGUAAUGUUUCUCUCUCGCAUCUCUGCAGCACGGGGCAGAGCCCAGAGGACCUGCCUGCACUAGAGUUCCAGAGAGAGCGUAGGAUCCCGAGACAGCAGAACAGAUGCACCCUUUGGCAGCCAGUUGCACCCUGCACUAGACAGAAGUCCAGGGAUGUUAUAUUUUGGGAUUAUAUUUCUCCACCGUGGAAUUCAUGCAGUUCAUUCCAGAAACAUUGACCCUCUGCUUCUGUGACACACCCUCGCUGAAGGUCUGAUGGACAGACACUUUCUCUUGACCCUGCAGCUGUUUUCUUUCAUGUGGAAGUUGGAAGACAAAGUGAAAGUGGCCAAAAGUUACCUGCUUUGGUGAAUAGGUGUGCUCCCCUUGGUUCUCAGAACAUGGGCCCUCGUUUAAAGCUGCAGCUGUGAUCCUCGGCUGUCUGUUGGCAUUGAAGGGACCUGAUGUUUUACGUUAUUGGUGGCAUCACAGUGUCUGUGGUUGCAUUCUUCUUCACAAUUAAGUUCCUCUUUGAGCUUGCCGCACGUGUAGUCAGCUUCCUCCAGAAUGAGGACCGAGAACGCCGAGGGGACCGGACUAUAUAUGACUACGUGCGGGGAAAUUACCUGGAUCCCCGGUCUUGCAAAGUCUCCUGGGAUUGGAAGGACCCCUAUGAGGUGGGCCACAGCAUGGCCUUCCGAGUGCAUUUAUUCUAUAAGAACGGGCAGCCCUUUCCUGCAAAUCGGCCUGUAGGACUAAGAGUUCACAUCUCUCAUGUUGAGCUAGCAGUGGAAAUUCCAGUGACCCAGGAAGUCCUCCAGGAACCCAGUUCCAACGUGGUCAAGGUGGCCUUCACUGUGCGCAGGGCUGGGCGGUACGAAAUCUCCGUGAAGCUUGGUGGAUUAAACGUGGCCUAUAGUCCCUACUACAAGAUUUUUCAGCCUGGAAUGGUGGUUCCUUCCAAGACCAAAAUCGUGUGCCAUUUUUCUACUCUCGUGUUGACCUGUGGGCAGCCACACACUCUUCAAAUAGUGCCCCGAGAUGAGUAUGACAACCCUACCAACAAUUCCACGUCCUUGAGAGAUGAGCACAAUUACAGUCUGUCCAUUCAUGAGCUCGGUCCUCCGGAAGAAGAGAGCGCUGGUGUCUCAUUUGAGAAGUCAGUGACAUCCAACCGGCAGACCUGCCAGGUGUUCUUGCGGCUCACCCUGCAUUCUCGAGGCUGCUUCCAUGCCUGCAUUUCAUACCAAAACCAGCCAAUCAAUAAUGGCGAAUUUGACAUUAUUGUCCUAAGUGAGAAUGAGACGAAUAUUGUCGAACGCAAUGUGUCCACCUCAGGAGUGAGCAUUUACUUUGAAGCUUAUCUGUAUAAUGCUGCCAACUGCACCAGCACGCCGUGGCACCUCCCGCCCAUGCACACAAGCUCUGCCCAGCGCCGGCCCUCCACGGCUCUGGAGGAGGAAGAUGAAGACUCACCCUCUGAGUGUCACACCCCUGAGAAGGUGAAGAAACCGAAGAAGGUGUACUGCUACGUGUCACCAAAGCAAUUCUCAGUGAAGGAGUUCUACCUGAAAAUCAUUCCCUGGCGCCUUUAUACCUUCCGAGUGUGCCCAGGAACAAAAUUUUCAUACCUUGGCCCUGACCCUGUCCAUAAGCUGCUCACACUGGUGGUGGAUGAUGGCAUUCAGCCUCCUGUGGAGCUCAGCUGUAAAGAGAGGAACAUCCUAGCGGCCACGUUCAUCCGCUCACUCCAUAAAAACAUAGGAGGCUCUGAGACCUUUCAGGACAAGGUGAACUUUUUCCAGCGAGAGCUUCGGCAGGUACAUAUGAAAAGACCACAUUCCAAAGUCACCCUGAAGGUCAGCAGACAUGCCUUGUUGGAAUCGUCUCUGAAAGCCACUCGGAAUUUCUCCAUCUCAGAUUGGAGCAAGAACUUUGAAGUGGUUUUUCAGGACGAAGAAGCUCUGGACUGGGGAGGACCUCGCCGGGAAUGGUUUGAGCUAAUCUGCAAAGCACUAUUUGACACCACCAAUCAGCUCUUCACCCGAUUCAGUGACACCAACCAAGCAUUAGUGCAUCCCAACCCUAAUCGCCCCGCUCAUCUGCGCCUAAAGAUGUAUGAGUUUGCAGGGCGCCUGGUGGGCAAGUGUCUCUAUGAGUCCUCUCUAGGAGGAGCCUACAAGCAGUUGGUCCGAGCUCGCUUCACCCGUUCUUUCUUGGCCCAAAUCAUAGGACUGCGUAUGCAUUACAAGUACUUUGAAACAGAUGACCCAGAAUUCUACAAAUCUAAAGUUUGUUUCAUCCUCAACAAUGACAUGAGUGAGAUGGAGCUGGUCUUUGCAGAAGAGAAAUAUAACAAAUCAGGUCAAUUGGAUAAGGUCGUAGAACUUAUGACAGGUGGAGCUCAAACCCCAGUCACCAACGCGAAUAAAAUCUUCUAUUUAAAUUUGCUGGCCCAGUAUCGGCUGGCCAAUCAAGUGAAGGAGGAAGUGGAACAUUUCCUAAAAGGCCUGAAUGAGUUGGUCCCUGAGAACCUUUUGGCUAUUUUUGAUGAGAAUGAGCUUGAGCUGCUGAUGUGUGGGACUGGGGACAUCAGUGUGUCUGACUUCAAAGCCCAUGCAGUGGUCGUUGGUGGGUCAUGGCAUUUCAGAGAAAAGGUCAUGAGGUGGUUUUGGACCGUGGUUUCCAGUUUGACGCAGGAGGAGUUGGCUCGGCUGCUUCAGUUCACAACAGGCUCGUCUCAGCUACCGCCUGGAGGCUUUGCCGCCCUCUGUCCCUCAUUCCAGAUUAUUGCCACUCCGACCCAUAGCACGCUACCAACUGCACACACGUGUUUCAACCAGCUGUGCCUCCCUACGUAUGACUCAUAUGAAGAGGUGCACAGGAUGCUGCAGCUGGCCAUCAGUGAGGGCUGCGAGGGCUUUGGCAUGCUCUGACCACUCUCUUGCCAUCCACUUGGCUCCCGUGCUUUCUGGAGCAUCCGAGUGCACAUAACAGACAUAACCACUGACCCUAGCAUACACAAAACCAUCAGCCAGAAGCUGCUGCGUGCUCUCCAGUGUCUGGAGUAUUCAGUCACCUACAAGCCUUGUCCUUCCCUCGCCCCCUCCUUUCCCAUCUCCUCCCCCAGGCCACUUUGGCAGGUACAUAAUCUGAGCAACUCGCUCAGUCAUGAGAGGAGGGCCAUGCCGCUGUGCUUGCACUUGGUUCUUAGAAGCUCUCAGUAGCCGGAGUGGCACUGGACUACCUCUCAUGGUGACUGAUAGCACAAAAGGAUCUUUUCUGUGGUGUCAGAACUGGAAAAGGAGCUUUCCUUGCAAGCGUUUCUGGAAAUGAUCAUUAAUCCACAAACAAGAACUCCAUAAUAAGCUUUUUCUUGACUAUGAGCCUGUGAGAUAGACAGACCUAAGAAUGUGAAAGAUAGCUGGGCUGUUGCCUCCAGUGCUGAAUGUGAUUCUCCUUUAGGCUUAUGGGGCACGUCUAGGCACGUGGCUGGCUCGAAGACUACUGAUGCUUGUCCCUGAGUUCGUUCUUUACACUGAGGUGUGGCUGGGCUCGGCCACUUACCUCCAGCUUAUGCAGUCUGCUAAGAGCUGGGGAUUCUUUAGAUUUCUACUGAAGAAAAUUUUGGAGCAAGAGAUUGGGACAGUACGAUAGCAUGCCACCGAUCCCUGGUUCUCUCUUUGCUUGGUGUUCCCUGGCAGCACUAAGGCAAGGGAAAAGGAAUCAGUAAUUUAAUUGCUUCUCACAGGUCCUUAGGGCCAGGACACAGGGAACACACAUAGAGGAGAUACAUCAGAUGAUAAAUAAACACCUAGCUGUCCCAGUUACUUCCUGUCACUCCAUCAGUUACCAGCAAGGGCAGCUAAGGAGGGAGGAAGAUAAAUUAGGUUCACUGUUACGUGAUGAUUGAAGAGAACCUGCAGCUGUUUCUUGGAAGAUGACAACAACCUUUUUCAUUACGAUUUGAAUGAAGACGUUUUCAAGACUCAAAAUCUCAUUGAAUUCCCAAGUUUCUGUUUCUAAGAAGGCUUUGCUGCAAGCUACCAUUCCCAGUGGGGCAGUCGACUCAGAAUAUUUACAAGCCAUCUUUAUUGCCAAAACCAGCAAGUACAAAGAGUCCAGAGAUGAGGCGGGAUUUGCAGCAGUGCCUUGGCCUCCUGGAAGCACGUCUGAGCCCUCCUGUUCCCAGAGAUCAUGAGGAACAAGCCUUCCUGAGCUGCUACAAUUCCUGCCUGACCUCACUCCUUCGCAGUUGUCAUUUGUCCUUCUUGGCAUGGGUGCUGACCUCACUCAUCCUUGGGGUCUAGGAUCCAGCAUCAGGGCCUCUGUACCCCAGGGUCCUCCAUGCCACACGGUCACUGCUCUCCUCAGGGACCAGGACAAGGUGCUGCUGCCUGCCCCGGUGUUUUCCUAUGGGAUAUGUACAGGCAAGUUUCAUCAUCCCCCGGGAAACAUGAUGCUGCCCCUUGGGCCCAGAGAGGGUUUCCAGCUGGGGGACAUGUGGGUUGGUUCUGCUGUCUUUGGCUGUUGUUCCUCUUCUGGAUUCUGCAUUCUCCUCUCCAGAGACUCAUGCUGGAGCUCAAGUUGAUUUUCUUGGUUAGAUCUGUCCUUUUAAGCUCUAGUCAUAGCACUUUUCAGAGCAUCCUGGGUACCAUUGCAGCCCAGCUGCGUCCUGCAGUGGUCCUUAGCCCCAAGGACUUUGUUUAACAAAACCCUUUGGUACUGUUGUGGUUUUCUGUUCUUCCGGUUUACCCUGUCUCUCCUAACUAUUCAAAAGUAUCUUUGCUCUUUAGGCCUUUCCUUUGACCUUUUUUUCUAAUCCUGCUUUGGAACUAGCCAGUGUGGGGAGAGGUACACCAUGUCGGAGAGAAGGAAGAGUGUCUGUUACUUCUUGAGCAGUUUUCUAUUCACGUUUCUUAUUUUGGCCAGUUGUUUUAUUUAUGCCCUUGUGACCCAGAUGCUUGGGGAGCCAGCUAACCUCCUGGCCUUUAGUCUCUUCAAAGGAGACCAGGCACCAAGUGAACACCAAGGAAGAUGUCGGCAUGUUUCUAGAACUUCAGCAGAGACCAAGCCCUGCUGCUGCAAAUUUGUCAGGCCAGACAAAAGGGCCAGACAGUUGCAGCAAUAGUGUAAAUAUUUUGUACAGUAAAUAAAUGAAUGUUUAAAAGGACUAAGGAGCAAGUGACUGCUUUACGUGAUGAUUCAGGGCUUAAAUUGGAGGUGGGGAAGGAAAAGAAAAAUUUAGAAAUGUUUUUGCAUUUCCCCAGUAAUGCCUUCAGAAGCAGUCAGCUUGGGCUUCCCUGGUGGCGCAGUGGUUGAGAGUCUGCCUGCCAAUGCAGGGGACGCAGGUUCGAGCCCUGGUCUGGGAGGAUCCCA